CUACUCCUCUCUUCCUACCUAUUGAGCUUCCAAUAUCAUUGUAAACAUUCUUUAUUCCUUCUCCACAUAAUAAUUUAAAUCUGCAAUCCCAAGAAAGAUAUAUACAUAUUUUUUAAUUAUAUGCAUGUAUAUGUAUUGAUUAUACACAAAUUGAAACAAGUUCUUUGUUCAAUUGUAUUGUGCAAUUAGAGGCUUUUAGCAUAGUGGCAAAGAUGUUGGCUUAAAAAUUGCUAUAGGUGGCAGGUAUAAUCUCUAGUGUAACAUUCUUUUUUUUUUUUUUUUUUUUUAAAAUCCCCAUAUUCCAUCCAUGGUUGAUUGGGUAAUUGGAGCCUUGAUCAACUUGUUGGGAAGUAUUUUCAUCAACUUUGGAACCAACCUUCUUAAAUUAGGCCAUGAUGAGAGAAAAAAGCUCUUUGUGCUAAGUAAUUUUGGAACUAGGAUGAAGCCUAUUAUAUACUUCCAAGCAUGGAGAGUUGGUGUUCUGUUUUUCGCAAUUGGAAAUUGUCUCAAUUUUAUUUCAUUUGGUUAUGCUGCUCAAUCACUUCUAGCAGCUUUAGGAUCUAUACAAUUCAUCUCCAACAUCGGUUUCGCCUACUUCAUAUUGAACAAAAUAGUGACAAUCAAAUUACUGUUAGCCACUGCUUUUGUUGUUGUUGGAAACAUUUUCCUUGUAGCCUUUGGUAACCAUCAGUCCCCUGUUUACACGGCAGAACAGUUGGCUGAAAACUACGCCAAUGUUGUAUUUCUCCUUUACUGUCUCGGUUUGGUCUUCGUUGUUGCCUUACAUCAUUCAAUUUACAACAUAGGGGAAGGGAAAAUGUUGGUUCCAUUUUCGUAUGCUGUUGUGUCUGGUGCCAUUGGAUCGUGUUCAGUAUUGUUCGCCAAGUCUCUUUCAAACAUGUUGAGAUUGUCAAUGUCAUCGAGUGGUGGUGGUUAUUCAACACUGCACACGGGGUUCACGUAUUCAAUGCUCCUGAUGUUUCUAAGUACAGGUGGAUUUUGGAUGGCGAGGUUAAAUGAAGGGCUUUCGCGAUUUGAUGCGAUACUUAUUGUCCCUAUGUUUCAAAUUGCUUGGACUUUUUUCUCAAUUUGCACUGGAUUUGUCUACUUUGAGGAAUACAAGGUUUUUGAUGCUUUAAGAACAGUGAUGUUCGUUCUUGGGAUGGUUUCUGUGUUUGUUGGCAUUUAUUUGCUAGCACCGGAUGAUGAUAAACCAUCAAAAGGAGGUGAAGUAUUGAAGGAUGGUCCUUUAGUACUUCCAAAAACUUCGAUUUUUUCCGACGAUGUGGAGAGUUUGUUCAUGUCAUCUGAUCAAAACUCCCAAAUUAAGGAUAUGGAGAUCAUUUGGACGAGUUAUGCUGAUGAGAACUGCUAAUAUGAUUGGAUCAAAUUCUCAGUUGAUGAGGAUGAUAAGACAAUUCUGGAGACAAAUGCAGGGCUGCACCAGGGUAACAACUUGGAGUUGGACUAUCAGAGUGCCAAUGGCAGACAUUGGUAUGUGGUGACGGAAAGUGGUGAAGCAAGAAAUUUUGUUAAGGGUGUUCAAGAUUUCCUAUAUACGUAUGAAAAUACUUUUUGAUCUAUCUAUUUUUUAUAUUUUUAUAUGUUAGUAUAAGUUUUCGACGAAGGAUGUUCAACUGGACACUCUUCACCCCAUGUGGUUAUGCCACUGAUGGACAUGACAAUGGCAGGGGCGGGGCGAUAUCUCUUUCAUUGUAAAUUUAUAUCCUGUACAUAAUAGCAAUUUUUUUGCGAAUAUAAAUUGGUAAUUAAAUUCCUUUCG